UCUUAUGGCAGAAAGUGAAGAGGAACUAAAGAGCCUCUUGAUGAAAGUGAAAGAGGAGAGUGAAAAAGUUGGUUUAAAGCUCAACAUUCAGAAAACUAAGAUCAUGGCAUCCAGUCCCAUCACUUCAUGGCAAAUAAAUGGGGAAACAGUGGCUGACUUUAUUUUUUGGGGCUCCAAAAUCACUGCAGAUGGUGAUUGCAGCCAUGAAAUUAAGCUUUAAUUAAGUAAAUUUACUUAAUUGCAGCUUACUCCUUGGAACGAAAAUUAUGACCAACCUAGACAGCAUAUUAAAAAGCAGAGACAUUACUUUGCCAACAAAGGUCCGUCUAGUCAAGGCUAUGGUUUUUCCAGUAGUCAUGUAUGGAUGUAAGAGUUGGACUAUAAUGAAAGCUGAGUGCCGAGAAAUUAAUGCCUUUGAGCUGUGGUGUUGGAGAGGACUCUUGGGAGUCCCUUGGACUGCAAGGCGAUCCAACCAGUCCAUCCUAGAGAAAAUUAGUCCUGAAUAUUCAUUGAAAGGACUGAUGCUGAAACUGAAACUCCAGUACUUUGGCCAUCUGAUGCGAAGAAUUGACUCAUUUGAAAAGAUCCUGAUGCUGGGAAUGAUUGAAGGUGGGAGGAGAAGGGGACGACAGAGGAUGAGAUGGUUGGAUGGCAUCACCGACUCAAUGGACAUGAAUUUGGGUAAACUCCAGGAGUUGGUGAUGGAUAGGGAGGCCUGGUGUGCUGCAGCCCAUGGGGUCGCAAAGAGUCAGACAGGACUGAGCGACUGAACUGAACUGAACUUGUAGUACAGUGCUCACAAUUGAAAUGGGUAGAAUGCCAACCCUAAACCCUAGAUUUUGUUUUCAUUUUUACUGAUAAGCUGGGGUAGGAAUUUCCCUUUGAGUAACACAAGCAGCUGUGUCUGAGACGCUGGUCCUCCUGUAAAGCCUCCCAGAUGACCCUGGGCACACAGACAUGGAAACAGUACUAUCUCCGCCGAUCUGAGCUCGAGUUCCGAAUGGCAUCUGGGCGGCCAGAGGACUUUACCUGCAGAGCCCUUGCUGGGCACAAAGGAGAGAUAGAUAAUCUGGCCUAUGUCUCAACCAACGAGUACCGGUUUGAUGGUCGGGAGAAAUCCGUGGUGUGCACCAUCUCCUCAGAUGGCACCGUGCGUGCCUGGGAUCUGCAUGAGGGCAUGGAGCUCUGGUCGAGCCCUGUACAGUCUACUCCUCUGGUGCAUCUGGUGACCUACCCUCGGCUGCAGCUGGUUGUCACUGUGGAUGAACGGGGGCUGAUCAAAGCAUGGGAAGCAGAGAAUGGGUGUGAGCAAGCCGCCUUCUUGCUGCCCAUGUAUUCAUCUACAUUGGAGGCCUGUGACAUUCCAGAGGGCCCCCUCUUGCUGGCCACCUGUGCUGAAGGGGCAGUCUACACACUCACGGUGCCCUGGCUGCAGCUGCUCUCCAGAGUCAGCGUGUUUCCUGGCAACCCCACCAGUCUUCUCUGCUCACCCGACCGGCAGUGGGUGUUCGCGUCAACCCAGAACUCAGACUUGAGCCCCGAGGUGUUCUACACUCAGUCCUUGCUGCGCCGGUCGGAAGAAGAGACUCCUGCCUCCGCCACUCUCCCCAUCUGGCUGACGUCCAGAGCCUGCUGGGCCCCCGACGAGGCAGCCAGGCUGAUGGUGAUGCACAGAAAUGACAACGGCAUGCAGUUGGUCAUCACCACCUAUGAGCUAGGGACCAGAAAGCCCAGGGAUAGAGCGGACAUUCUCGCACAACAGAUCGCGAGCUUCCUGCUGCCAGACACCAUGAUGCCUCCUCACCUCAUGAAGAGCCACGGCUCCCAGGUGAUCCUGCUGGUGUCCGGCUCAGAGCUGGUGCUCUUCACCAUUCACGGCCUGCAGCUGGUGGCCUUUCAGGACCACCAGAGGCCCAUCACGUCCAUGUGGGUGGACCAGACUCGAGUCAUAACCUCUUCCUUCGACCUCUCCCUGCGAGUCUACAUGUGGAACAAGGAGAAUAAAUUUCCCGUCCUCAAGAGCUGCUAUCAUUUGCUGGGUGGGUCUCACAGAUGGGCCAGUGGGUUUACUCAUGUGGAGAGUGACGGUAUGAGCAUUGUAGGCGUGGAAGCCAGAAACAUCGGAACUAGUAUUCUGAGGUCAUAUUACUUCCAAGUGCAGUGUGGCUAAGAUGACAGCAUCAACUGAAGAUUGUCACCACAGUUGGUGAGGUGCUUGUCUACAUACAGAGACUAAAGUAAUUAUUGUAUCAACAUCGGAAAAAGAAGUAAUGAUUUUCAAAUACCUACUGUGGGCCACACAAGUGUGUGAGGUGACUUUAUGUUUCAAUCCUCACCAGAAGCCAAUGAAGUGUAGAUAUUACUGUCUGUAUUUUUCAAAGAAGUUGAGAUGUAACAGAAGAGUAGUUAACCCACUGUUAGCCCAUUUUUCAGCUAUCAAACAAACUGUCCAAGGUUAUUUGGAUAGUAAGUAGCCAAGAGCAGUGAAUGCAGACCUUGGGUGCUAGAAAACCCAGGUUUAAAGUACUCAGAUUGUAACAUAAUUGUUUUUUGUUUUCCAAAUAUGUAAUUAAUGAAGUAAAUAUUUUUUUCAUCUUCCUA